AUGAACACACACGCACGCACACAAAGAACACACACACACUCUCUCUCUCUUUUUCUCUCGCUCUCUUUUUUUACCCCCUCCCUCUCUCCCGCUGCUUCCCCGGCUCAGUGCGCAUGCGUCGCGCUGCUCCGGGAGCGCUGUUCGGCCUGUUCCGCGGCCGCUCGGUCAUUUUCGCCUCUUUGUUGUACUGCUAGUGGAUUUAAACUCGGAUCCGACCCAAUAUCCAGCUGACUCCGGCGCCCUCAAACAGGGCAGCAAGACAAAGUACACAGUGUUGACACGAAGGCCGUCAGUGGCACCUUGAUGCAUGAUGUCAGGAAGACAGCGUCCGCUGGCUCUGAUGAGAGGCUGUUCAUGAUGCGGAGCUAACGCUGUCGGCUGCACACCCGCAGGAAGAGUCGUGGACGCCUCCACAUCCACAGCCCACGCAUGGCGGUAUUAGGGAACCCCGACAUGCUGACGAGGAAAAUCAAGCUGUGUCACAUCAACGCCCACAUCACAUGUCGACUGUGUGAGGGCUACCUGAUCGACGCCACCACCGUCACCGAGUGUUUGCACACGUUCUGUCGAAGCUGCCUUGUGAAGUAUUUGGAGGAAAACAACACGUGUCCCACAUGCAGGAUUGUUAUUCAUCAGAGCCAUCCACUACAGUACAUAGGCCAUGACAGAACAAUGCAAGACAUUGUGUACAAGUUGGUACCCGGACUUCAAGAGGCGGAGAUAAAGAAGCAGAGGGACUUCUAUCAGAAACUGGGCAUGGAGGUUCCUGGCGACAUUAAAGGGGAGCUUUGCAACAUGAAGACGCAUCUAGACCAGCACAACGGGGACGCCAAGUCAGAAGACACGGCCAAUAAGGAAGCGGGAGAGGAGAAACCAGAGGAGGACAACGACUAUCACCGUAGCGACGAGCAGGUCAGCAUCUGCUUGGAGUGUAACAGCAGCAAACUUCGAGGCCUAAAACGUAAAUGGAUCCGCUGCUCAGCACAAGCCACCGUCCUCCACCUCAAGAAGUUCAUCGCCAAAAAGCUCAACUUGACGUCCUUUAACGAGUUGGACAUUUUAUGCAACGAGGAAAUCCUGGGCAAGGACCACACUUUAAAAUUUGUGGUAGUGACAAGAUGGAGAUUUAAGAAAUCGCCCCUCCUGCUCCAUUACAGACCCAAGAUGGAUCUGCUGUAGCGAAAACGGACACUUUUUAUUUUUUAUUUUUAUGUUGUUCCUUCCCCCCCCCAUCCCCCCCCCCCCCCCCCCCCCCCCCGGCGUCCGCAGACUGUGCUGACUCAUCUUUUUAACAAACGUAUGCAAAGACGAUCAACCAACAGCGAGCAAACGCCACAACAGACGACACUCACACAAGCCAGCAGCUCGGGAUGGUCAAAAAGGAAGGGGAGGGGCUUACGCCUCCCGCGCAGGUACUGCAACACUGGCGGCUUUUUUUUUGUCUUGUUUGUUUUAGGAACAAAAAAUGUUUUUUUGUAAAUGUUGAUUUUUUUGCGCUACAUCCGAGAUAUGUGAAGAGGAAAAGAACAAAAAAAAAAAACUAGAAAUGGAGAUAAAGCAUAUAUUUAUACUUUUGUACAGUUUAAGAGACUAAAGACACUACUGGUGCUCUGUUUACAUGCAAACGAGAUGUCGGGAAUCACAUGACCAUCUUUUGGCCAAUGGAAACGGAGAAUGGUUUUAUAUGAAAUGUUUUUUUUCUUCUUUCUCGGGAGCACGGAAAGUUUAUGGCAAAGAUUUUUUAUAACAGGCGUCCAUCCUAAGCUGGUUAUCAAGUAAAAUGUCUCUGAAUGUGUCCCCCCCCCCCGUUCUUUUUUUUGUCGUCUCUUUGCUAUUGAUGAUUGUCAAUUGUGAAUAGGCUGAAUUGUGUAGUAAUUUAUGUUCUAUAUAGCGAUAUUGUACAUAGAAUGUGCGCCUAGAGAGUGUGAGAGACUUGAGACUGUUAAUUUGAGCGCAUCCAGAAGUGCUAUCGGUAUCUUAUCAGUAUCAUUUGUUCUUUUCUUUUUCCACUUGAAACCAAAACCAUGUGGGAAAAAAAACAACUUAAUUUACUUCUAUUAAGUCAAUCAAACGUCUGGCGUGUAGGUAAACAACAAAAGUAAAGCCGCAAAGUACACUAAAUUAUAUAAUAAGAUUACGCAAUACCAUCACAGCCCCCCCGCCCCCCUCCAAA